AUGUAUAAGCCGAUUCAAUCCGUGACUCUACCUCAAGCAUUGAAUUCAGAUUACCUUAUCACUAUGGCUAUACGUUAUGUGGACAGUAUAAUUGAUAUUGUGGAAAAUUUCAAUGAUGAAGAGAAUCUACAGCAAAAGGUUAAAUAUCUAGCUGGUAAACAUACAAACUGUGGAUUGACAGUAGCCCACUUUGUGUCUAUUUUGCCUAUAUUCACAGACACUAUUGUAUCUUAUCUAAAGAUUGAUGACAACAAAGAAAGUAUGCAAUUCAUAUUGUCAACUGUAUUUCCAAUGAUUGGAAACGCCUAUAAAAGAAAUAAUAUAUAUAAUUAUAUAUAG